UCGACCUCAACUUACGCUUAAAGAAGCUUAGCUAGCCAAGAUUCCUAUACUCACGCAGACAUUCUCCCCUACUAUUCGCUCACCUAGACAGGCAAACUUCGUACGCUAUACUUGUACGUGCUAGAGCAAUUAUCAUGGCGGAGGCACUGUGCGAUCAGCUCUUCUCGGAAGUCGACGGCGAGCUCCCACACCAUUCCGACAACGACGACCUCUUCGGCAUCAUCGAGGCGUGGGAGGACUGCGUGACUGGCGCCGGCGUUGUGUUGAGCCCUCGCGGUGUCGAUCAGCUGGCAGCUCCUGACGCCGCAGCGGCUAAGCCGGCGGCGAAUGGUAAGCGGGACUGCGACGACGAAGGUAUGGUUCAGGCGCCAAAAAGGCAGAGGUGCUCACCGGAGUCGCCAGAGGCAGCGGAGACGAGCGAGGAUGGCGCAGCGAAGACGACAUCGCACAUCACGGUGGAGCGCAACCGGAGGAAGCAGAUGAACGAGCACCUCACCGUGCUGCGCUCGCUCAUGCCCUGUUUCUACGUCAAGCGAGGAGACCAAGCAUCCAUCAUAGGAGGGGUGGUGGACUACAUCAAGGAGCUGCAGCAACAGCUCCAGUCGCUGGAAGCCAAGAAGCAGCGCAAGGCCUACACCGAGAACAUCCUCAGCCCGCGGCCACCGGCGUGUUGCAGCCCGCGAUUGCCGCUGCCGCUCAAGUCCACGCCACCGAUGAGCCCGCGGCCCGCCGUCCCGAUCAGCCCCAGGACACCGCCGAAGCCCGGCAGCCCGUACAAGACAUGCAGGCUGCCUCUGCCCCUCUCACCGCCUGCCUCCACCUACGUGUCCCCGGCGAUGACACCCACCCACGAGCCCGCGGCCUCUACCUACCUGUUGCCGUCGCUAGAUGCCAUUGCCGCCAAGCUCUGCGCCUUCGCCUCCAACAAGCUGCAGGCGGUGCCCGCGAACCUCCCCGACGUGAAGGUGGAGUUUGCCGGCGCCAACCUGGUGGUGAAGACGGUGUCGCACCGCGUGCCGGGGCAGGCGGUGAAGGUCAUCGCCUCUCUCGAGAGCCGGUCGCUGGAGAUCCUCCACGCCAAGAUCAGCACCGUCGACGACACGGCGGUGAACUCCUUCACCAUCAAGAUUGGAAUCGAGUGCGACCUCAGCGCUGAAGAGCUAGUGCAAGAGAUUCAACAUGCGUUCUCAUAAUGCCACUAAGAAAUCUUAUGCAUAGGAAAUCCUAUCUAUAUAGAUAGUGGUUUUGUUAUCCUCAAGUCACUCAAUAAAAUCUUUCCACUUUCUUUAGUUUACUUUCUUGGGACUCCAAACGAAUUUCACUAAUAUUUUAAAUUCGUCAAAUUUACUCUGUUCACUAAGAAGCUGCAGUUAA